CGCCUCCGACACUCGGCACAGCCCGGGGUUGGGUGGGAGAAGGGACCGCGGCACCGGGGACAGGCACUCCGGAGAACAUGGCGGCGGCGGAUCUCGCCCAGAUUCCUGAAGUGGACAUCGAUCCGGACGGCGUCUUCAAAUACGUGCUGGUCCGAGUGCACUCAACGCAGCCCUCCGGGGCUCCGGCCGGGGAGUGCAAGGAGAUCGUGCGUGGCUACAAGUGGGCGGAGUACCACGCCGACAUCUACGACAAAGUGUCUGGCGAACUGCAAAAGAAGGGCUAUGACUGCGAGUGCCUGGGGGGUGGGCGCAUCUCCCACCAGAGCCAGGACAAGAAGAUUCACGUCUAUGGCUACUCCAUGGGCUAUGGUCGUGCCCAGCACUCCGUCUCAACUGAGAAGAUCAAGGCCAAGUAUCCUGACUAUGAGGUCACCUGGGCUGAUGAUGGCUACUGAGGCCCAGCCCCCACUGAGGACUCUGUCCUUGCUGGAAUCCCUCCUGAGAGGCUGGCCCAGCCCUUUUCUUUUGCAUUUCUUGGCAAUGUGUCAGCCCUUUGGGCCUCAGAGGCCAGACCAGCCUGGCUUGUGGAAAUUAAAAGCUUGGUAUGCCUUG